GAGAGAGAGAGAGAGGGAGGGAGGAGGAGGAUUCAAGGGAAUUCGCAGCUGAUGCAAAAGCUGCUCGCUCGUGUUCUCGCUGGCGCGGUUCCGUGAAACACUGCGGUAAAGAGCGCCGUAUAUCCGUUCAGACAGAUCUUCAGCGGGAUGAACGGGCGCUGCGGGCGGACGUUAUAAAGAGCACAGCGCGUAGCAACAAGAUGAAGCACGAAUGAGAUUCUUAGCAUGUCUUUCAAGAAGGAGACACCGCUUGCCAACGCUGUGUUUUGGGCAGCGAGGAAAGGGAACUUGGCCUUGCUUCAGCUGUUGUUGAACAGCGGCCGAGUGGAUGUCGACUGCAAAGAUGGAUACGGCACCACAGCGUUGAUGGUGGCUUCAUACAGCGGCCAUUAUGACAGUGCCCGGGAACUCAUCAUGCAAGGUGCAGAUAUUAAUCUGCAAAGAGAGACUGGUUCCACCGCCCUCUUCUUUGCUUCACAGCAGGGCCAUAAUGAAAUUGUCAAGCUCCUGUUUGAAUUUGGAGCAUCCACAGAGUUUCGGACAAAGGAUGGCGGGACGGCGCUCUCCGCAGCCUGUCAGUAUGGUCACUCCAAAGUGGUGGAGACCCUUCUGAAGAACGGCGCCAAUGUCCACGACCAGCUCAAUGAUGGCGCAACGGCCUUAUUUUUGGCAUCCCAAGAGGGUCAUGUGACCAUAAUACGGCAGCUUUUGUCAACUGGGGCUAAAGUCAACCAACCCCGAGAGGUCUGCUGUAUAAUCAUGGCUUAUGCAUUGUGGUUUGGUUUUGGUUCGCUAUUAUGUAUAUUUGUUCUCCAUGUUGUGAUUGUGUUUUUUGGGGGGGUAGAUGGCACAGCUCCGCUCUGGAUGGCAGCCCAGAUGGGACAUAGUGAGGUGGUGAAAGUUCUGCUGCUACGAGGAGCAGACCGUGAUGCUGAUAGAAAAGACGGCUCCACAGCUCUUUUCAAGGCUGCACAUAAAGGCCACUGUAACGUCAUCGAGGAGCUCCUCAAGUUCUCCCCUUCACUCGGCCUUCUGAAGAAUGGUUCCACAGCUCUUCAUGCCGCUGUCAUGGGUGGGAAUCCAAAAACAGUUGAACUUCUGUUGAAGGCAAAUGCUGAUCCAGCUUUACCCAACAAGAACAAUGAACUGCCGGAGGAUCUGACGAAGAACGAGCGCAUCCUGCGAGUCCUGCGGCUGGCCGUGCUGAACGGAGCGAGUUGAUGUCUGCUGGGUUUGCUCUUAGCUCUCUGCUGUCUUUGUUUUUAAGCUGAUGAAAAAUGAAUGCACUACAUCCUCCUGAGAGAGGAGAAAUCCCGUAACAGCUUUCCUGUCUCAUACAGCCGAUGUUAUAAUGGUGCUUUGCUUGCAGCAACACAAAUGCACUGAAAAGCAGAAUUGCUUAUUCUUCAUCUUGGAAAUGUUGUAAUGUAAUGUAAUGUCAUGUCAUUCCGUUUUUUUUUUUUUUAAGCAUUUAGUAAAUUUGUAUGUUUUGUAAGAAGUAGCUUAUGCAUUUUGUUAAAAAAAUUAAAUGCUUAAAAAUUAGUUUAUAAAAUUAAUAAAUUAUUUUGGUGAUGUAAUUUUAGAAGUGUCUUGUAGACUGCAAAUAUAUUUUAAUUAAUAGCAUGUUUUCAUCAAAAGAGCUCAUGAAUCAGUGUUUAUGGCAUACGACUACUAAAACAAAGAAAAGAAAACUUUCACAUGGAAACAUAAAAAAUAGUCACAACCCAAUUUAAAUAAAAGCUCAAUACUAAUUCCAUAAAAAACUACUCUUGGCUCUUUAAUGAGUAGUUUUUCUUGCCAUAUUUAUUUUCUGCUUAAAUGGAAUGUGGACAUGUUCGUUUUCUUAUUUCAUUUAGCAUUUUGUCUGUGAAUGAAGUGUGUUAAACUGUAUAUUUGUCAAAACAAUAAAUGUACACGAAAAUG